GUCUUUCUGUUGCAAAUAUAUUAGGCUGUGAUUUUUAGCUCAAAUAAUGGGUAUCGAUAUCAAUCACAAGUGGGACCGCAAGGUUCGCCGUACUAAGCCGAAAUCGCUGGAUGUCUACCUGCGACUGCUAGUUAAGCUUUACCGUUUCCUGUACCGCAGAACUCACAAGAAGUUCAAUAAAAUUGUUCUACGUCGCUUGUUUAUGAGCCGUACAAACCAGCCCCCGAUUUCGCUAUCGCGAGUGGCCAAGUUGCUGAAACUGCGCGGUAAGGAUGAAAAAACUAUCGCUGUUGUGGUUGGAACCGUGACUAACGAUGACCGCAAACUGUACGUGCCGAAGAUGAACGUUUGUGCGCUGCGUGUGACGGAAAAGGCUCGCGAGCGAAUCCUGAAAUGGGGAGGAAAAAUCUACACCUUCGAUCAGCUGGCGCUCAUUGCACCGACCGGAAAGAAUACCGUUUUAAUGCAAGGUGAACGCACCGCCCGCGAGGCCUUCACCCACUUUGGCCGUGCUCCUGGUGUGCCACACUCCAAUACCCGGCCGUAUGUACAGUCCAAGGGACGCAAGUACGAGAAGGCUCGUGGUCGCCGUAGCAGCUGUGGUUUCAAGAAUUAAAACAACCUUUUCAUCGGUUCAAAGGAAAUAAUAUCCAAUUCCUUUUAUUUUUUGUGUAACUAAGUGAAAUAUAAAGAGGAAAAGAUUCCGCGAAAGUUGAAA